UCCACUGCCCAGAGGGAGCCAUGGCUGCAGAGAACCCUGUGGAAAGUCUCCAGGAGGAAGCUACAUGUCCCAUCUGUAUGGAGCAUUUCACAGAACCUGUCAUUCUGGAGUGUGGGCACAAUUUCUGCCGAGCCUGCAUUAGCCAGUGCUGGGAGGGAUCCGAUACAGCCGCCUCCUGUCCUCUGUGCAGAGAAACUGUGCAACAGGGAAACCUCAGGCCCAACCUGCAGUUAGGAAACAUGGUAGAAAUCGCCAAGUGGCUGAGUUUACAAGCAGCAAAGGGAGCAGGAGGGGAUGGGGUGUGUGGGGAACACCUGGAGGCUCUGAAACUGUUCUGUGAAGAGGAUGAAACCCCCAUCUGUGUGGUGUGCGACAGAUCCCGGGCUCACCGCGCUCACACGGUGGUUCCCAUACAGGAGGCUGCCCAGGAGUACAAGGAAAGAAUCCAGGCGCAUUUGAAGACUCUGAGGGAAGAGAGAGAAAAGCUGCUGGGAUUGAAAGCGACUGGAGAGAGGAAUAGCCGGGAGUAUCUGAAACAAACAAAAACCGAGAGACAGAAGAUUGUGUCUGAAUUUCAGCAACUGCGGCAGUUCCUGGAGGAACAAGAGCGACUCCUGCUGGCCCAGCUGGAGAAGCUGGACGAGGAGAUUGUGAAGAUACAGAAUGAAAAUGUCAGUCAACUCUCCGAGCAGAUUUCCCAUCUCAGUGAGCUGAUCAGUGAGAUGGAGGGGAAGUGUCAGAAGCCAACAAGUGAAUUUUUGCAGGAUAUUAGAAGCACCUUGAGCAGGUGUGAGAAGGGGAAGUUCCAGCAGCCAGAGGAGAUUUCUCCAGAACUGGAAGAGCGAGUCAGUGGUUUCUCUCAGAAAACGAUUGUGCUAUUGGAGACUCUGGGGAAGUUCAAAGACACUCUGCCGUAUGCACUAGAGAUGAAAAGAGGAGGAUUCCUAGGAACAUUCAGAGAGGUGAAUGUGACUCUGGAUCCAGACACGGCUCAUCCCCACCUCGUCCUGUCUGAGGACUGGAAAAGUGUGACACGGGGAGACACACGGCAGCAUCUGCCCAACACCCCUGAGAGAUUUGACACUAAGCCCUGUGUGCUGGGCUGUGAGGGAUUCACCUCGGGGAGACAUUGCUGGGAGGUGGAGGUGCAGGGUGGGGGAGGCUGGGCUGUGGGGGUGGCCAGAGAGUCUGUGAGGAGGAAGGGAUGGAUCAGCUGUAGCCCUGAGGGGGGGAUCUGGGCUGUUGGGUGGUUGGGGGAUCAGUUCUGGGCUCUCACCUCCCCUGAGAACCCCCUUCCCCGGCGCCGGAUCCCCAGCAGGAUCUGGGUUUGUCUGGACUGUGACCAGGGGCAGGUGAUAUUUAUUGAUGCUGGUGAUGAGGCCCCGAUCUUCACUUUCCCGCCAGGCUCCAUCCCUGGGGGGAGAAUCCGACCCUGGCUCUGGGUGUGGCUGGGAUCCCAGCUCAGACUGUGUCCCUGAGGGGGGGUGGGGGUGGGGAUAUCCCACUGGAGAACUGGAAAUCAGCCUUUCUAGCCUCACACACCGCAGUCUGUAUGACCUUGGAGGACUCCCAUCUACCCAGCCCCUGGCGCCUCAUCUCUAUGACCUACGGAAGCCCCUCCCCUUCCCUGCAGCACCAGGGAUGGGAGGGGGAGAGGGGAAGAACCCUUGGGGCUGCAGGAGA